AUGGCGAGAGGAAAUUCACACGACUUUACCUCCAAGAGACACAAUAGUUUCCACUGGACACGAAAAGUCGGAUCAGACGAAAACGACGACGUUUCUUCCCAUAACCAUCUCCAUGACAACACUAAACCCGUUUCCAAACAGAAUCCUUCUUCUUCUUCCUCUUCCUCUUCUACUGUAAUCACUCCCAAAAGGAAACUCCAAUCCUUCGCCGUUUCUCGUCUCCGGUCAGUCAUCGCUUCUCUCAGCAAAGCCCGACCCGGAAACCAUUCCGGACUCGGGUCUCGGGUCGUGGGUACACUUUUCGGAUCCCGUCGCGGACACGUGCAUUUCUCAAUCCAAAAGGAUCCCACUUCCGCUCCGGCGUUUAUGAUCGAGCUCGCCACUCCGAUUAGCGGAUUAGUCAAGGAGAUGGCUUCGGGACUCGUCAGGCUCGCUCUGGAAUGCGACAAGGCGAAGGAGGAAGAAAAAGAAGAAGGGGAAAACGGAAAUCGCCGUCACGGCGGAGGAGACAAGGCGAGGAUCACGAUUCCGCGGCGGUUGGUGGAGGAGCCGAUGUGGAGGACUUACUGCAACGGGAAAAAGUGUGGAUUCGCGACGAGGAGAGAGUGUGGUGAGAAGGAGAAAAAAGUCUUGAAGGCGCUCGAGAUGGUUUCCAUGGGCGCCGGAGUUUUACCGGAGACGGAAGGUACAUCCGGCGGCGACGGUGGCGGAGAUAUAAUGUACAUGAGGGCGAAAUUCGAGCGAAUCGUUGGGUCGCGUGAUUCAGAGGCUUUCUAUAUGAUGAAUCCUGAUAGUAAUGGAGCUCCUGAGCUCAGUAUCUAUCUGCUCAGAAUCUGA